AUGAAUGUUGAAGAGAUUUUUUUUUUCUUUGUUUCUCUUCAGGAACUAAAUGCACUUGGCUUCCCAUCACUUUAUUAUGUUGGAAAUGAAUGUGAAAAUGAAAAAGAAUCAUUUAAUUUAUUGGCUGCUGUCAACUGCAUUCAUGAAUUGCUCCAGCUUCAUCGGAAGAGUCUGCGAUCCUUGGAAGACAUGGAAACGCAGCAUCUUAAAUCCAGUAGUGACAUGGGUCAUCUGCAGAAUAACCACUCUAAACUGAAAGAGCAUCUUGAGAUUUAUAAAAAACAGAUGAUUAGCCUUCAUGAAAGGGAUCGGGAGCUGCAAUUAAAAGCAAAGAACCUAACCCAGUUACUGAAAAGUGAAAAGGAAGAGGUACAGAAACUGCAGAACAUAAUAUCUGGCCGUGCAACACAGUAUAACCAUGACAUGAAGAGGAAAGAGAGGGAAUACAAUAAACUCAAAGAGCGAUUACACCAGUUGGUAAUGGAGAAAAAAGAUAAAAAGUUCACAAUGGAGUUGCUCAACUAUGUAGGAAGAGCCGAUGGAAAGAGAAGUGCUUGGAGAACUGACAAAAGUGAAGCCAGGAACGAAGCAGAGAUGUAUAAAGUUAUACUUAAAAACUAUGAGCAGCACCAGAAGCAGCUUAUGAUGGAAAAUGCAGAACUUAAAAAAGUUCUACAGCAGAUGAAGAAGGAAAUGAUCUUUAUCCUUACUCCUAAGAAGCAAAGAAUGAAGGAAAGGACAGAAGAUGGUGCUGGCACAGUUAUUUCUGACAUUGAAGAAGAGACUGGAGAGCAAAGUAAAGAUAUAUGGGAAUUAUCUUGUGAAUUUGCUCGUGAACAGCUUACAAAAAGUAUACGACAGCAAUGGAGAAUGCUAAAGAAUCAUGUUGAAAAGCUUGAUAGCCAAGCAUCAUUAGUGCAGUUAAGUGUGCUCAAGGAAAAGGAUGUUGUUAGCAAAGAAGAGCAUGAGGAGCAAAUCGAAAAGUUAAAGGUGGAGAUUCAGCAGUGCAAGGAUAUCAUAAAAACACAGCAGCAGCUCUUGCAGCACCAGUUCAGUACACCAUGUGAUGAUGAGACAUCUUCCAUGUUAAAAGACUGCUACUUGCUGGAAGACAAAGAACGGCUUAAGGAAGAAUGGAGGCUUUUUGAUGAGCAAAAAAAGAAUUUUGAGAGAGAGAGAAGAAGUUUCACUGAAGCAGCCAUUAGAUUAGGACGUGAGAGAAAAUCGUUUGAAGAAGAUAGAGCAGCAUGGCUUAAACAGCAAUUUUUGAACAUGAGUCCCUUCCAAGAUGUCAAUAAGUCACAAACUGUGAAAGUACCCAGUGCCUUAUCAAAUCCAGACAAAGAAACUAAGCAGCUGCCAAUCAGUCCUCAAGUGCAGGAACCUCAUAGUACCAUUUCUAGUACAUCCAUGGAGCGCAAUAAGUCUGUGAGGAAGCUGUUGCCUGCAUCAUCUUUUGAACAGCAAUCAAGUCCUAUUGUUCCAGAGAAAAGCUGCAGCAGUUCAAGACCAAAGAAUGAAACCACUCUAUAUGAUGGAGUGCAAUAUGCACGUGAACUGAAUACAAGAGCAGUGCCAUCAAUUUCUGCUUUACCUGAUGAAUAUUAUAAUAUCAGUUCUGUGCGUUUAAAACACACUGUCAUGAAAAGGGACUCUUGUCCAUAGAAUUUUUGUUCUGCUAUGCAGAGCUUUUUCUAAUGUGUCCAUACUUAGGACAUUGUUCAGUUUCACAUGUGAAAACUGCUGAAUGAGUAGGCUUUUGCCUUCUGUUGCACCUUGUGUUUAGUGUCCUAGCUCAUGUACAUUGUUGUUCUUGGUUAAACAUAACCACCACCUCCAUUAAAAUGCUUUGUAGUCUUAAUAUGUAGCCGGAGAGGACUGACGUCCUUGAGAACAGCAUACCUCUCUACAGUGCACUGAGACUUGCAUACUGUACUUCUCUGGUCCCAUCUAGACUAACGUAGGCAUAAUUAAGCCUUUGCUUAUUUGCUGCUGUUUCCAUGCUCUCCCUUGUUUUAUUAAGAAGACAGCUGUGCUGAAUAUUCCUUGGCUUUGUGUUGUCAUCAUCAUGCUUCUUUCUGGAAAAGGUUAUAGUGUGUGUGUGUGUGUGUGUGUGUGUGUGUGUGUGUGUGUGUGUGUGUCCUUUACCUGAACAAAGUGUACGACACAUUCAGUUCUGAUUAAUUUUUUGCUUUGCACAUCUCUUUUUCAUCAGCUGUGGUUUGCAGUUUGAAAGAAAAAUAUGCCUACAUGUCUUCACUUCUUCACCCCAUUUAGCAUGACAAAAAAUGCUUUUACUUGACAUAAUGUUCUUCAUCUUUGCAAAAGUAAGAUGAAAACAAAGCAGGCUAUUUAACUGUAAUUAAUGCUAGCUUGCCUUUUGACUUUUAGUAUAUCAUUUGUUUAUUGUGUUGAAAUGUUAUAAAAUUGGACAUUUCUCUAACAUUCUCCAACAGAAAAAUCUGCUUGUUCAGUUUAAGGAAUGCUUAAUUUUGUUUACCAGUUUCUUUCUGUUGCUCAUUGUUAUAGAUAAAUGUGAUAUGUUUUUGUGAGUAUUAUAAUGCAGUAGUACAUAUUUCAUGAGCCAAGUAGAUUUCUAACAACACUGUUCUUUUAUCACUUCAUACAUUAUAUCAGACUAGCUUGAACCAAGCAAGUCCCUAGAAACUGACCUUGCAACCAGGUUUUAUUGUCCAUGUGUAACUGGCCACAUAAAAUGCUAGCAACAGAAAAAGGAGUGAAAUCCAUUGGGGCAUUGUUUGGAUGUUGGACACUUAUCUGGAAACAGUCCACUUUGUUAAUAAAUUGUUCAAACAUACAUUCCCUAAGUACACAAAACUCAAUAUUAAAAUUAUCAACACUAUUUUUUGGGGUGGGUGAAGCCACCAUACUCCUCACAAAGCACACAGCACUCCAUAACCCAAACCUUAACACUAGCCAAAUAUUCCUUCGUAACCCCAUCACUAGGCCUGUUAAGUGAUGGAGUUAUGGAAGUAGAGUAUCCACUACUGUUGCCUAUUUGGGAAUUUCAUUUAGUUCAACAUUUGCGCAAACAAAAUUCAAUAAAAGUGACUGUCAGCUGCUACAGACAAGCUACUCUUAUAUUGAAAAACUAGUAGACUAAAGUGCAAUGACGGAAAUAAUAUGUACUUAUUUUAGAGACUUCUCUAUCACCUGUUCUUAGCAUAGUAUUAUCACCUACUUUUUUAAAUCAAAGUGCAAGUUAUUUUGACUUGGUAUUUAAAGGUACUUACAGAGUUAGAAUACUGACUUAAUCUAAUAUCUGAUUAAGUACUGCGUAUUGUCAGUCUUAUUUCAUUUCUUUAUUUUUUUCUUAAAAUUCUUUGGCCUGUAUGGAGCACACAAUUGGCUUCCACUAGUGCUUCUCUUUGGGCUUGGAAGCCAGGAGUUGGCCUGGGUUUCAGUCACACAUAUUUCUAGGUAAAUGAAUGCAACUCUGAAUGUGCUGUACAGUUGCUGUUAGUUUUAUCAUAAUCUGCACAUGUAUGUAGGAAACAUUUGCCUUUUUCAUAUGUUAAUUUCAAGCCUCCUUGACUCUUUCUGUUACUGAUGUAUUUUGAUCCUGACACCCCUUGUAUGUUGGCUGCGCAGAUUUGUAUUUCUCCCAAUUCAGAGCAGUUGGUGGUUGCACAGCAGAUUAAGGCUAUGAGAUGUUAAUCAGCUGCUUCCAGCAGUCCAGUCCUUGAUUUUCUCAGCUUUCAUUUGCCUACUGUGUGACCUUGAGCAAGUCACUUAACCAGACAGUGCUUUGGGGCAGUUUGGAAAUUGGACUAAGUUCUUCAGUAGAUUGCAGGACAUGUGCCUAGUACAUGUCUUUGAACAGGCAUGGCCAAAUGCAUUUGGCAGCUGUUAUCCACUUUCUUUUACAAGUAGUUUGUUGAACUGGACUAUUUUACCCUUGCAGAUUAUUUGAAUCUAAAGCCUAGUAGGUUCUUGCCACUAUUUUUCAGUAGUUUAAGAAAAAAAUCUUAGUUUUAAUCCAUAUGAUUUUGACUGCCAUUUACUUAGGUUGCAUUACUCAGAAAUUACAGCGACAGCUGGCAUUCACAUAUUGCCAUUCUUCUCACUACCAGUUUCAUCUUCAGUGCUGGUUAUAUAAGAAUGUCUACCGUGUAACAUAUGAUCUAUCUUGUCAUUUUCAUUUGUUCCUCAACUGAUGGGUUUCAGAUCCUACUUGUCCGUUUCUUCCGGAUUCUAGAGUCCAACUCUCGAGCUCCUCCCUUUACCCAUAAGGUCCCGCCAGCCUAUGUUUUCUUAGCAGGAUAUCCCUUAAGCUUUUCUUCACCUUCCUCCCUUAAGUCAGAGUUUUCGAAGUUAUGUUCCUUUCUUCAGGUCCUUUCUUUCAUUUCUACUGAACCUUCACUAUUUCUUGCUAGUACCAUUGUUGGUACAUUGGCCUUUCCUUUUUCUUUCCCUUUUAUCGCUCUGUUCCCACUUCAGAAUAUUUUUUACCAUCAGUGUCUGUAUUUUCCUUGUAAUAAAAAAAAUAUAUAUUUCCUUUGCCAUUACUUUUGGUGUACAACAUAUUGUUGUCCAGUAUGGCAGACAAGCCAACUAGUUUCAAUAACUGCAUUUCCUGUGGACACAAAUUACCCAACUCGGAUGCCCACUGAGAAUUACCUAUUUCUUGGUUGCUACUUGUUUAAAAUUGGAAUGUUCUGUCUGUGCUGGAUUCAACGCCAGUGCACUUACUGACAGAUGAAACAAGUUAGUUUUGAAGGGCCUUCUUUUAUUUCAGUUUCAUCUGGAGUUCAAACCCCCUCCAAAAAAUCAAAGGGGAAGCCCAACACAUCUUCCAAAGUGAAGGGUACCAAGAAGAGGUCUCCAAAUCCUACAACAUCCUUGGCUCCAUCCCUAGAGUCACCAUUAAAGAUUUAAAAUCUGGUCUGACUGCCAUGCAUUGUACCGCUUCAAAAACAAAAUCUCCUUGGAUCCGUUCACCUUGUUGUUCACUGGAUUCAAUACUUGUUUCACCCCCCUCCUCCAUUUUUACAGGAGUCAUCACACAAACAGGCCAGACAGGCCAGGCCUACCAGCUUCUCACUUAGGCCCACCAAGAGCUUGUCCGAGGCUAAAGUGGAUAGGAUGAUGAUGAAAUUCAUCAGAGCUCAGAUCCAGAUAGGGAUAAUUCCAUAUCUGUCUCCCAAUGGAUUUGUGAGCCUGCCAUCACAAGUCUUCCUUUAGUCUGUCCUCCUCCAAUCAGUCCUGCGGUUUCAAAGCCCUCGGCUUAGAGAUCACUGGGAGUGUCCAUGUUGGAAAUGUUCUUUGACUCUGGUCACUUCCCUUAGCUGUCUGGCUAUGACCCUUUUGGAGGAGGAGUCUCAAAUCCAAAGCAUCAGUGUCAGAUUCAGGGGGGCCCAGGUUGACUCCGGAAUUGUCAGAGUCGUCCUUGCUGGAGGCCCUUGAAGGAUUCAUGGGUCAGGGUACAGAAAACCUCAUCUCUAAUACCACCAGCUUCAGUCUGUCCUAGGUACUCUGCCUUUGAGGUUGUGAGGAGGGCCUUCACUUUACCUAGAGAAAAGGCAUUUCUACCCCCCUCAGAUCACACAUCUUUACCACCUUUGGGUCUUUCCUCUGAACCUUGUUCUUCUAUUCCAAUGGGACAGCCAGUCUGUUCAAGUCUCCAGUCAGUUCCUUGGGAAGCCCCUUUCAUUUCGACACUUCACCAGCCCAUCCCACUGAUGAGGUCCCUCAGAAGAGAGUGUGUUAAAAGGAGACUGUUAGAUUCCCCUAUGGAAUCGCUCACUGAAGACACUGAUUUCAAUGAAGGGGAAGGGUCCCUCAGCUCUCUACCUAAAGACAUCUCCUUUGGAGGCGUACUUGAACUCCAGAAGCAAAAAGGUGGUUUGUGUUUCGACAUCCCUUCUCAAGAGGAGUUUGUGUUCCUGGAGGCUUUCUGGUCUGGCCCAGCUACAUCUUGGGUGACCCCCCCCCCCCCAGCUGAUGAACUUACCGACCUCAUCUCUGUCUCUCCCUGGGCAUGGAAGGAAACUGAUACUGUGGAGCCCAUCCCUAAGCAUCCAGAUAAAUGUGUAUCACCACCCCCCAAAGGACAGGAUACAUUGGAGCAAGAGAGUCCCUGUUGAGGCCAUGGUUGUGGCAGCACCCACCAAGAAACAACUUACAGAGCAGAGCUCUUCUGUCCAUCUCCCUAACAGGGAAUCUAGGGCCUUGGACAGAUUCGGUAAGCAUGUUUAUGCUUCAGAGAACUUUGCUGUGGGGUGGUUGAAUUAUUUGUCACAUUUCACAAGAUUGCAAAGAGAUUUGACUAAAGAGCUCUCCAGAUCUAUUUUUGGGUCCAUGUUCGGAGAGGACUAAAAUAGUCUCUUCACAACUGGCCACCCUUCAGUGUAUAGCUAAAGCAUCCAAGAAGUUUAUAUCCUGUGCUGCAGAGCGUACCUCACGGACAGCCGGUUUAGACAUAGCCAUUAGGAGACAUGACUGGCUGCACCUGUGUGAAUUUACAGAUCCCUUCAGGUCUUCAUUCAGCAAUGCUGCAUUUGAUGGAUCUUCACUAUUUAGCCUGAAAGUAAAAUAAAUGCUCUCCAGAAGUGAACAGAAGAGAUAAAUAGACCUUAUCUGCCAUAGGAAUCCAUUUUUGUACUCCUCAGAGAAGCUUUUCCUGGAAUCGCCGAGGAGGUAGAAAGAUGAGAUUCCUCAAAUCCCAUGGUCCUUUCCAAGACUCAUUGAGGAGAGAGUUCUUCCAGAGGUAGAGAGAGAAACUCUAUUAAAAGAUGCAGCCCUUGUGGCAGAGGUGGUCUGCAGAAUCAGUGUUUGAGAUUCCUUCUCAUACAAAUCCUACUAGCACUCCUGAAAGGUUGCCUGACUGUUGCCAUCUGGAGGCAUUUGUCUCUUCACCAAAAGCCUGGGCAUCCAUCAUAAAGAUCCUUGGUUGCAGCAAAUUAUAUCCAGAGGUUAUAGUAUACCAUUUUUUUUCAAAUUCCCACUGUAAGAAUGAAAUGAAUCCUUGUUGUUCCACCCAAUCAGAGGGAGAUGGCAGCAUUAAAAAUACUAGAGCUGCUCUUAGUCAUCCAGGAUUUUCCCCCAUACCAGUUAGGAUCUGGAACCUACUCAGCAUUCUUCUUAGUGCUAAUGAAGACCGGGGACUUGAGACCCAUCCCGGAUCUCAGCAAACUAAACCAAUAUGUGAAAUAUUCAGAGUUCCAGAUGGUCAUGGUUCAGUCCAUUUCACCCCUAUGAGAAAGAACAUUUGGAUGUGCUCAAUAGAUCUUCAGGAUGCUUGCUAUCACAUCAAUGUGAACAGGCGCUCAGAAAGAUAUCUGAAUUUUUCACUAAGAGCCGGUCAUUACUAGCACUGCCCUUUGGCCUCACCACAGCCUUCAUCAUGUUCAUCAAAUGCAUAGCCGUAGUUGCAACUCACCUGAGACCUGGGAUUCUGAGUGUUUCUGUAACUAGAUGACUGGCUCCUAACUGCCCCUACUUCUGUAGGCAAAAGAUUACUUGCUCCAUCUGUGUUGUCACCUUGGCAUCACAGUGAAUUACGACAAAUUACAAAUCACACCUGUGCAGCAUCUGGAGUUCACAGGUGCUUGUCUAGACACCGUCACUCAGAUUCUCUUUCUCCAACACUAAUUCAUACAGUAAGAUCCCAGGUCAAGAAAGAGGUCUCACAUCCUUCUCUCCAAGCACGACUAAUUGCACAGGCCUUGGGAUCCAUGGCAGUAGCAAUCACCCUAGUUCCUUUAGCUAGGUUUCACAUGUGGAUUCUGCAAUGGACUCUAGCAGUACAGUGGUCAAUUCUUCAACAGCCUUCGUCCACCCCAUUCAAAAUCACACAGUCCUGUAAGAAAUAUCUUCUGUGGUGGCUUCACUCAGAAAAAAUUCUCAAGGCUGUCCUUUUAUUCUUCCCCUACCCAUGGCCACAGUGACCACAGAUGUCUCCCAACUGGGUUGGGGGGCACUACUUGGGAAGAAAAGUCAAAUGUACAUAGUCCGCAGAAUAGGAUAAGAUGCAUAUCAGUCUCCUAGAAAUGUGAGCAGUCCUCCUAGCCUUGCAGGCCUUUCAAGAUGCUGUCCUCUCCUGGACAAUUGCUAUUCAGAUGGACAAAAUGUCUGUAGUCUGGUUCAUCAACAAACAGGGAGGAACCAGAUCUUACCUGCUAUGUCAAGAAGCAGUGAGUGUGUGGGAAUGGGCAAGCCCGUUUGACUGCUUUCUCAUAGCAGGAUAGUUAAAUACCUGGUUGGCAUUUAUCUUAACUUCUCAAAAGACUUCUGCUAGAAAAGGUUACAAAAGUAAGUGGAAGAGAUUUGCUUUCUGGGCCCUUGAGAGGUUUGGACUCUUUUUCUGCCCCUGUACCAGCUGUACUUAUGUUUUUAGCUUCAGUUUUCAAUGAAGGGACUUGUUUUUCUACCAUUAAGGUUCAGUUGGCUGCCAUUUCAAACUUCCAUUUAGGUGAAAAUAAUUCUUCCUUCUCUUCUUCUAGAUUAUGCAAAGCCUUUCUCAAAAGAACUUUUUUGCUAAGGCCUCCAGUAAAGGAUCCUACUACUCUUUGGGAUUUAACUAUCCUGCUUCAAAGCCUGACCUAAGGCCCUUUUGAAACUUCAGCCAAGUCAGACCUUAAGUUUUUUCUUGGAAAAACAUAUUCCUAAUUGCUUUUGCAUCAUCUAUGUCUGAGCUCCAGGCUCUGUCCUCCAAACCUCCUUACCUGGUUUUCCACAAAGAAAAGAUUUCCUUAUGAAACAACCUAUCUUUUUUUUUUUUUGCCUAAUGCAGCUUCUAAGUCUGCUGUCAACUAUGUCAUUAACUUCCCAAUUUUCUUUCCAAAAUUUUCAACUAAGGAGGAGUACACGUUCCAUCUUUUGGAUAUGCAUAGGCAGCUUCGGUUUUAUCUCCAUUGGACAAAAGAUUUCUGCAAGACUGACCAGUUGGUUGUAUCCUUCUUACCUAAAAGUUUGGACUUGAUUGUUUCUAAAGUUAGUCUGACCCUAAAUGGUUAACUAAUUACAUGUCUUUUGUCUAUAGUAAAAAAUGGUUGUCCUUGCCUAAGCCUAUAGAGCUCAUUCCACAAGCCCUGUGGCUGUAUCCUCAGCCUUUUGGACUAGAACUUUCAUAGAUGUAAUUUGUGCACCUACCACUUGGUUAGUUGUUGAUUCCAAUUUGGAUUUAGUUUCUAGGAAAACGACUGCUUUUGGCUGUGCAGUACUCCAAAAUAUUCCUCCAUGAAGAUGACCCAAGGUUCAUCUAGCUGGGGACAACAUCCCAUCAGUUGAGGGAUGAAUGGAAAUGACAUCAUCAGAUAAGCUAUAUACACACCACAACGCUACAUUCGUGUCAUCUGUUUUCAUUCUUUCUCAACUUCCUGCCCACCCUAAUCUUCCUCCCUUUCUCGUGGAGAAACCUAAGGGAUAUCAUUUUUGGAGCUACGUUUCUUGCUUUGAGCACCAGUUCUUUUCCUUUAAUCUAUUCCUUUUUAAGUUCUCUUAAGGUGUAUUAUUCAUUGUCUACUAAGGGCAGCAAAAAUCUAAGGUAUGUUAGGCAGAUAGGGCAUUACGAGUAAAAAGAGGAGCUCGAGAGUUGGAUCCAUGGAUUUGGAAGAAGCGGCCAAGUCGGAUUAGAAAAUGAUCAAUUGAAGAAGAAUAUAAAUGGGCUACACAGAUGUAAUGUAUGGUGAGUACAUAACUUAGUUUUGUCGGUAUGUAUUAUUUUAUCAUCACAUGUGUGCACCCUAUAUAAGCAUUAAUGCCCAGCUGGAUGGCCAGGGAAUUCUAGUGCCCACAGGUGUUUCAAAGCUUGAUAGAACUAGUGUAGGCUCCCUGUACCCUUGGAAGUCCUUUAGUUCCAUAUAACACCCAUUAUUGCACUUAUAAAAUGGUUUAUAUGUUAGCUUUUUUCUAUUUUUUUAUAUGUGGCUUUUUAAUUUUAUAGUUAAGUUUAUACAUAUCUGUUGAUGAUUUUAAGAAAAAGUGAUCCCUGUUAGUUUUGUGUACAUUUCUUUACUGGGCUCGUGGUCUAAGUUAAAGCCCAGGUUGUGCUCUACAGCUGUUACUUUUGCCGUAAGUAAAACACCGGUAUACAUAGUCACCCUUUUUAGAUAUGUAAUUUCAGGGCUUCCAACCUUUACUAUUGCUGCUUGGCAUAUGACUUCUAAUUUAAAAUGCUGUCACUGUUUGCCUUAAUUACAUUACAUCUUUUUGGAGAAGGGAAUUGGUAUCCUGUGUAGGAGAAACUCGGCUAAUUGCAGAAGUUAUUGCUGUGUGGUCUUUUUUAUGAAUCGGGCAGUAUGCAGUAUUGUCAGCUUGAUGUUUUACUACUUUAACCAUUCAAGUUUUAGUAUUUUCCAAAGCCAUAAACUGAUUUGCAGAUAAUACGCAUGGUGUUUAGUUCAUUUUGAACUGAUAUGCUAAUUCCCCAGACAGUGAAAAUAUUUUAUUUGUUCAUCCAGAAAUGUGAUUAGAUCAGAAAGAAAGCAAUGCGAGCCAAUACACCAAGCAUAUGCAGUACCUCAAUAAUCUAGAGGAGCUUAAAGUACUCCAUUUGUGCUGAAUUUGAAAUUUUUUUAAUGCUUGGAGAAUAGCUGCAUCUCCAUAAUUUCCAUUUAGCAGAGGCUUUGUGAUUAAAACUUUGAAAAGAAAAUAUCCCUGGUGACUUUUAAUGUGACCUGGGCUAAGCCUGAAAUUAGUCAAUAUUGAUGAAUGCACCAUCCCAGCAAUAAAUAUAAAUAAAUAUUAUGCCAGCUUGUUCAAAAAUAAUUAGAUGUCUCACAGUGAACAGCCAAUGAUUUUUCAGAAAGAAUAAAGAGCUUGAGUUGAUUUUACUUCUUCAGGAACACGUAAUUAGAGAAAGCCGUAUUGCAAAUGAGUUUAUUCUUGUAUAGAUUUUGUCGUAUGGCAUGCAUUCAUGCAAUUCGUAUUAUAUUCUGACGGACUUAAAUUCUGACGUUUGCUUGUCAAGGUUAAGACUUGCAACUAACUAUAUUUCCCAUUUGCUGUUUGUUAUGGAGCAGCAGGGUGCAUUUCAUAGACAGCACAAUUUAGCUUAUUUUAGAUGUAAUGUUUAGCUGCUGAGUUGCUUAAUCAUUUCCCAAAAUGCUUCGAGUCCUAUCUAAAAAUAUUAUACAAUCAGAUAACAAGAAAAAUAUGCAUUCAAGUGGAAAUAUAACUAAUUUUUAGUAGAACAGUAAGAAAUUGGGAAACAACUCCUAUGUUUGCAUGCCAUAACUUGUCCUAGAAUACCCUUGCCAUAGUUUGUAGAUGUUGCAUUUCUGUCAUCAGCAAGCCAUAAACAUUUUUUAAGAAAAUGUUUAAAGCUUCAUUUUUCUUCCUGUAGUAUCCCUGCUCAUGAUAAGCUUGCUAUCACCUGUGCUCUAAAGUUUCUGACAUAGGUUCUUACAUAAAUCCCCAGCAAAUCCUUACACAACUAUCUAUUCCUUAGCACUAUUUAAGUACUUACCAGAUCCUCUACAUAUAAACCUCUCUCAUUUCUACAUUUUCUUCAACAUCAACUUAGCACCUCUAAUUACCCACAACUCAAAAUGCUCUCAAAGUCCUCAUUCAUCUCCUUUUUUACUACCUCUACUUCUUAACUUAACAUGUUUUCAUUACGUCACCCAACCCAGUAAUUCCUACCACUCACAAUCCUUCCAUGUAACUAACCACCUUACCUCCUCUCUCUCAUACUCUAACACACCAAUUUCUCCCCAUCUAUUUCCUAUAAAAAAACUUCUACUUUAUCCAUAUAAACUAGUCACCACUCAUAAACAAUCUACCUCCAUAGUAACUGGCAAAUCCUUCAUAAUCACAAUAGAAUCUAAUCUUUUCUCUAAACUGUCCAAUUACCUCUCUAACGCAAUCCUGCACCUGAUUACCAGUCUAAUAUCAGGUGAUAUCCAUCCUAACCCAGGCCCCCCCACCUCAACCAUUACAGACAAGAGCAUAUUACUAACUUCUUUAAACUCCCAAAGUAUAGUUAACAAAAUCCCAAACCUCCAUGCCUGGCUCAUACAUAAUAAACCUGACAUCUUAUCCAUCUCAGAAACAUGGU